AUGGGCUCUAUCGAAACCUCGUCCUUACCUACACGAGGUACUUUCCUUGGUAUAUCUGCACUUGUUGUAGGCGGAGGCGUUGCAGGGCUUCUGUGCGCUCUUGAGCUAUGGCGUCACGGUAUUGACGUUCAGAUUAUCGAACGAUCUCCUUCUCGAAACACUUCAGGGGAUGGGUUUAGUAUUUCAUACAAUAUCAUCCGUUCGUUCCGUAACUGGCCUUACAUGAGUCAGAAAAACGAAGAGAUCGCUUUCCAUCCAUACCUCGCGUGGCACAAUAACAAAGGGGAACGAGUCACUGAUCCAGUCAAGUUGGAGAUCGACGACAGUAAAGACCUUAACACGGAAGAAGUUGAGCGCCCAUCCAAGCAACUGUAUCGUCAUUCACGUCCCGAUUUCCAUCUCAUGCUAGAAACGCAACUGGAGAUGGUCGGUAUAAAAGUGCAAUAUGGCAAGCGCGCUAUACGCUAUAUCGAUGCGGAUCCCAAACAAGACACAAAGGCGGCUGUGGAACUUGACAUUGGAGAGAUUAUGGAAGCAGAUGUAGUUAUCGCCGCGGAUGGAAUCGGCGGUCGUUCCACAAUGGCCACGUUGGGUCAUGAAGUACCUGCUCGUUCAACUGGACAUGCCAUAUAUAGAGCUGCAUUCCCUAUCGAAAUUGUCUUGUCCGAUCCUGAAUUGGCGGAUAGAUUCAAGUUGCUUCCAGAUGGUAGUCCCGUUGCAGAACUGUGGAUUGGGGACGGCAUCGCUGCCACGUUUGGACGGACUCAGACUGAAAUGGGGUGGAGUCUUAGACACAAGGCAUCCCAGACAUCCGCGGAAUCAUGGUCAAAGUACAUCCCACCCCAACAAGUGAUCGAUGAAACCACCUCAAAAAUCGAAGACUGGCCAGAGUACGCAAAUCGGCUGAUUUUGAUGACCCCUCAAGACAAACUUCUGAACUACGAGCUUGUCUGGCGAGAUCCCCAGCCUAUCUGGACAUCGAAGAGCGGACAUAUAGUCCAAAUUGGUGAUGCUGCUCAUACCUUCCUUCCUUCGUCUGGAAACGGGGCAAAUCAGGCCAUGGAAGACGCAAUUUCACUUGCUAAAUGUCUUGCGAUUGCUGGCAGAGACAAUAUUGGAGAAGCAACCAAAGUGCACAACAAGCUUCGAUUCGAACGUGUAUCCUGCCUCCAAAAAGUAGGAAUCCUCAACCAAGCCACUGGAUACGGGCAAAAAGGCAACGACAACCAGACCAGUGGAGAGUUUACACCGAUUCCGAAGUACGUAAAGGCACUUAUGGCUCCAUGGGUAGUGAAACACGAUCCCGAGCAGUACGCUGCAGAGAAAUACCACGAGGUACUAUCUGCACUGAAGAAUGGGGGUUCGUUUCAAAACACGAAUAUUCCACGAGGACAUGUCUACGAGCCUUGGAACUUUGAGGAUCUUUUAAAGACUGUGGAGAAUGGUGGCGAGCUUGAGCUCGAUGGAGAAUGGUACAAUUGA